UAAGCAUCGAGCUUGUGCAGCUGCGAAACCAGGCUUGCUUGAAAUUGAAUGGGCAACCUCGUUGGCAGAUCAUGACUCUGAGAUCUUUCCGUACUUAAUCUCAUAAUCCCUCGUUUCAUUGCUGAUUUGCGUUCGGCUGCCACGCCCUGCCAUGAAGUCGCGUCACAAUGCGACGCUCUACUCCGUCUUGCUGCUUGUCGCGGCCAACUUGCUGAUACCCGUCUCUAUAUUGACCUUUGCGACGGGCUUCUUUCCCUAUAAACCAUUCAUUCCCGGAUUGGCUCAGUACAGCGAGGCCUCGGAAUAUGGAUCUCCGCCGCCGGCCCCUUUUGAUCGCCUCGUCUUCCUGGUCGUCGAUGCUUUGCGAAGUGACUUCGUCUAUCUUCCCAACAGCGGGUUUGAGUACACGCAGUCUUUGAUUCGCAGCGGCGCUGCCAUUCCGUUUACUGCCCAUGCGACGUCGCCGACUGUUACUAUGCCGAGACUCAAGGCCAUAACGACUGGCUCCAUUCCUUCCUUCCUAGACGUGAUUCUCAACCUCGACGAGGGGGAUGAGACCUCGACUCUUGCCUCGCAGGACACAUGGUUGGCACAGAUGAAGGCGAAAGGCACAGGCAAAUUGAUCAUGUACGGCGACGACACGUGGCUGAAGCUGUUCCCGGACACCUUUGAUCGGACAGAUGGGACAACCAGCUUCUUCGUUUCGGAUUUCACCGAAGUGGACAACAACGUGACGAGGCACAUUGCGGACGAGCUUAAAAAUGACGAUUGGAACACCAUGGUGCUCCAUUACUUGGGCCUCGACCAUAUUGGCCACAAGGGGGGGCCCAGAAGUCCCAAUAUGGUCCCCAAGCAGCGUGAGAUGGACGGGAUUGUUGAGCAGAUCUUCAGUGCAAUGAAGACAGAGGAACACCUCCAAUCAACCAUGCUCGUCCUAUGCGGAGAUCAUGGCAUGAACGAUGCUGGCAAUCAUGGCGCCUCGUCCCCUGGAGAGACAUCUGCCGCCCUUGUCUUCAUUUCGCCGAGACUGGAAGCCCUACCAGGCCAGCGUCAGGCUCCUGUACCGUUUAAAGACGACUUCCAGUAUUAUUCGACCGUCGAGCAGUCAGAUAUUGCACCAACCCUCGCCGCUUUGUUAGGGUUCCCGGUCCCGAAAAACAACCUUGGCACAUUUAUUGUAGACUUUCUCCCCUUCUGGACCAAAAAAACCGACAAGAUCCAAAUCCUCAUGCGAAAUGCCGAGCAGAUAUUGGAAAUUGUUACCGCAGCCUUUGGGUCAGACAUGUUCGAUCCCAGCCGUGGCAGUGAAGUCUGCACGGAAGAUGGGUCAAAGAUUGGGGAGCUAGCUUGCGAGUGGCAGGCGGUCGUGAAAUCAUCCAGAGAAGCUGGGCAGACGGAAGCGCUUGAUCUGCAAUGGGUGUCAAUGAUUUCUCACUGGCUACGGAAGACGCAACGUCUUAUGAGCAGCAUGGCGAGCAACUAUGAUAUGCGUAGGCUCUUCCUUGGCCAAGGAACCGCCGUCCUUGCAGUCAUAGCCUCGCUAUCUGCUGCGCGUCUCUCGCUCUCAGAAAGCAUCCACUCAACGUUGCCGUUUAUGUCAAUCACUCUGUCUUACGGUGUGAUGAUGUUCGCAAGCAGCUACGUGGAGGAAGAGCAUCAUUUCUGGUAUUGGUCUGUAUCCGCUUGGCUGGCUCUCCUGGGCUUGAAGGGCUUAAACGGAAGGGGCUCUCGAAAACGUCACCUUUUCUCACUCGUAUUUGCACUCAUCGCCACGAGGCUGGUCCGCGGCUGGAACCAGACUGGCCAGAAGUUUGCGGGAGAGCCGGACAUCGUCAAGACGUACAUCAACACCAAUCCUGCGCUCCUGUGGUGCCUCGUCAGCGCAGAAUACCUUUACAUAUACCGAGGGCUCUCCCAGGGGUUCGGUCGCUUGCUGACCCCAAUCAGUUUGGCUGGAACUACAGCAUUGGCCCUUGCAGCUUUCUCGUUCAAACUGGCUUUCACGAAUCAGGAUGCGCCAGAACUAGUCGUUGGUGCAGCGAAAAGCAUUGUGGACAUUCCGUCAGGAUUCUCACUUGUUGCCAGGGCACAGGCGGUGUUCAUCGGCCUCGGGGUGGCGACUGCCUGUGUCCUAUAUUUCAUCUUCUGGGGGAAACAAGCCUCGACCAGGGCUACUGCCCUCGAGACUCUUCAUUACCUCUACACCUUGUUGGCAGUAACACAGUCCAGAACCACCAAUAUACCACUGUUCCUCCUGUUCAAAGUUCAGCUCGGAUUCCUCAACGCACAGGACCUAAGCGUUGCCGAGCUGAGCACCUCGACCCUCCUCCUCUCAUUCAUGUCCUUCUUUGCCUUUGGCGGAUCGAACGCCAUCUCGUCCGUGGACCUGUCGAACGCGUACAACGGCGUGAACGGCUUCAACGCCAUCGUCGUCGGCAUCCUGACCUUUGUCAGCAACUGGGCCGCCCCGAUAUACUGGACAUUCGCCGCCAACACCAUGCUGCUUAAGAGACAGAGGGCAGGCGGCCGGCGUGUCUUCGUGCAGCAUGUCGCUGUGCUGACCGUGUUCACCACCUUCAGUGCUGCGUCCGUCAUGGCUGCUUGUACCGUCCUGAGGACGCACCUUUUCAUAUGGACCGUUUUUUCGCCAAAAUACCUGUAUUGCAUGGGUUGGAGCCUGGGUCAUCAUCUGCUCGUUCAUAUUGGGCUGGGCGGCCUUCUCUUUUGGUUGGGUCAAUAACCCCCCCCGUGCAUAGAAGGUGUGUUGACUAUAAUAGAACGGACAUUUGUGAUGCUUACGGAUGCCAAUGUAAUUGUUCAGGAAAGAAAUAGAUCGCCGGCUCAGUGUAUUAUAUAUCAGUCUCAGCCCCUACCGUAUUACACAUUGCUCUGGAUUGCAUGGCACUUAGAGCAUCAGUAAUAAAUAGAUACCACCCACUCAA